AUGACAGUUCUACCAAAGAAAUCGGGAUACACCCAAAAGUCAGACCCUACGAGACCCCGCUCCGGUGCAGCUGUCCCUUUUCGCGAUAUCAUUCCCUCCCCAGAUCAUCCUCGCAUCGCCGGAAUACAAGAUCACACAGCAUUGAGUUGGUGUGAGUCGAGGAGGCAGAUUGAGGCUCCUGCUUGGCUGAUAAACCGGCUUGAUGCGAAGAACUUGGAGAAACCAUACAAAGGUUUUACGUCAGAUGGUAAAAUUAGAGAGGAGCUGUAUAAAUAUGCCGAUGAUGAGGGUGCGCCCACUGAAGAGGUGAUUGCAAAAACUGAGGAAUUUCUAAAUAUUUUGAACGAAGAUCAGAGGAAAGAGGUUCAAUUCGGAGAUGUUACAAAUGAUGAGUUUAGAUUGUGGUCCAACCCAGAAUUGUACAUGAAUCCGGGCGGACUACGACUCGAUGAGUGUUCAUCAGAAAUUCAAACCGCCAUUCAUGCCAUUCUCAGAGCUUCCUCGUCGAAGCAAGGAUAUGAAAAGAUCCAUGCCUGCUGCCUCACAAAUGACUUCCUUGGUCAGCUAGUGAACGGCAAGAAAGUGCUUAAUGAGCACUCCUAUAACUUCCGUUUAUUUGGCUUACCAACCAUGACGAAACCAUUUGGAUACACAUUUUUUGGACAUCAUUUGUGUCUUUCUGUAGUGUUCCUUGGCAAGAAAAUGGUUAUUGGUCCUACAUUCAUGGGAGCCGAACCUGAUAGAAUCGAUGAGGGGCCACAUGUUGGGUUGAGGUUAUUCAAAUCCGAGGAACUUGAUAGCUUAAGCUUGAUGCAAAGUUUACCCAAGGAAUUACAGGAGAAGGCGACUCUGAGCAAGGGAAUGGACGGGAAGAGCCUACCAGCUGAUAGGUGGAAUCCUUUUGACGAAAGACACUUGGGUGGUGCGAGACAAGACAACAGGAUCGUUCCCUACGAGGGAUGUCCAGUUUACGAGUUUCCAGCAGAUAAGCAGGAUCAGAUCAUCAAACUUUUUAAAGCUUUCAAUGAGUACUAUCCUGAUGCAGUUUUGGAGCACAGAGUCGCACUAUUUAAGAAGCAUCUAAACGAAACAUAUUUUGCUUGGAUAGGAGAAUUUGGAGAUGAGGAUCCAUACUACUUUCGCAUUCACAGUCCAGUGGCAUUUAUGGAAUUAGAUUUCCACUGUGGCAUUUUCUUGACGAAUACAGGUCCAGCGAGAUGUCACAUUCAUACUUGUAAUAGGUUGCCCAAUAGAGGUGAUUAUGGAAGAGCAUUACUGGAAGGGUCUAAGUAG